CUUCUUCGGCGGUCCAGUCGGUGGUCGGCAGACAACGCGCGACAUUGUCUAUCGACGAGCGUGUUUUCGCCGCACUCGAACGGUGUGCAUCGUCCGAAGUCGUCUCGCGAUCCGGUAACGCUACAGCGGGUUUUUGGACCGAUAAAUUUCAGCAAAAUAAUUAAUUGAUAAUAAUAAUCGCAGGCACAACAGCGGACAGUGCGGUGUCCCCCGAGUUGGUUCUCACAAUAAUAAUUAGUACAUGAUAUUAUUAUUGUUGUUAUAUUUAAAUAUCGUAACGCGCGCGCGGCGAUCGAACGGUGAAAAUAUACGAAAAUAAAUAUUGUGAUAGUAAUAAUAUUAUUAUAUUGUCGUCUGCGUGAAUCGCGCGCCCCGCGGUCGAGGGUACCGUUCUUCGCGUCCAACUGUGAACAGAUAAACACUGUAUGCAGAGGAUACGCAUAGAGGUAUGCUACGGUUAUGCGUGCAGAUUGGCGACGUAGUUUUAACCGUUAAAUAGAUGAACUUUUAAGAAAAAGAUUUAGAUUAAUUGAUAUGACAGCAUCAUCAUUUUGAACCAUACAACACGAGUUCAUAACAAAUUGCGAAUUACGUAUCAAGAAAUUAUGGAGAUUGUGUGACAGCCAAAACGUGGACGGGUGGCCGAUCGCGGCGGUGACCUGGUAACACAGCCGCGACCACGGUGCAGGUAACCCGGCAAAUGUCAUUCCACGUCGACGAAGCUCCGGCAGAAGCAUAUCCUGCGAGCCGCGUUCACCAAACACUUUAGGACAAAUCGCUUCGACCUCUUCCACGCGGAUUUUCAACGAUCAGACCACUGCUGCGCAGGUGUCUGCAAGAUUUCCGUCGAGAUUUCGAGACUUCCGACGAGAAGUUCGGUCUUCGAUUCACCCGUCACCGUACAGAGGCGAGUCCACUUUCAACUCCGGGGACGAUCGAAUCGGUUCUCUCCGCACCGGCGGCUGUCCGACAGCCGCGGAUAUCCUCCUGCUGUCGACGGCAAGGUCCAACACGUUGACGGCGUAUAGAAAAUUACAAAGCCACGAUGCAAGUACGAAGAUUUAUACUCAUGUGCGGUGUGCUGGGCAUGAUCGAUUACGGUUUCGGCUGUCAAUUGUCCGAGUUUAUGUGCGAUACGGGCUAUUGUGUAGCCUUGGACAAGUUCUGUAACGGAAACGACGACUGCGGAGACAAAUCAGACGAACCGCCAUAUUGUUCACCUUGCAACCGGACGUACCACGGCGAGGUCGGCAGGACGUACGAGCUGGAAGUCAGGCGACCCAGGGAAGACCGAUUGCCGUUCUUGUGCUACUUGAACUUCACCGCGGCCGGCGGCAAGUACGGCGACAUAAUACAGUUGACGUUUGACACGUUCACCGUGGGCAGAUUCGUUUCGUACACGUUGGACGGAUGUCCAGAUGGGUACAUGUCCAUCAGAGAGUCUCAAUUGCCAGACACCGGCGGUCAGUGGUGUGGUAGUGCAUGGGGCUUUACGGUUUACUACAGUGAAACCCGGUCGAUAAAUCUGACUCUCACACUAUCCAAACUCUCCGAACAGGGCAUCGGUUACAAUUUCGAUUUCAAAUUAUCGUACAAAUAUUUGAAAAAGAGCGACGCACACCUCCGGUACGGAAAUAGUACCUUCCAGACGUGGCGAGGACAGAUGAUAACAGGAAGCUACUGCGACAGGAUCCUCGAUCAGUGCGACCGUAAACUGUGCAGAGUCCAGUCGCCCAAUUUCCCGGGAGCUUAUCCCAGAAACGUCACUUGCUAUUAUAGGAUAGAACAGAGAACGGCCCCGAAGUCUAAGCGCGCCCUGAUCGUAGUCAGACAGCCAAAUGCCCACAAAAUUCAUAUUAAAGACCAAGUCAUAAACUACGAUCGAAGUCAACGUACACUCAGGGUUUGGGACCAGUGCAACGUGAUUCAAGACUAUUUGACUGUGUACGACGGCUCGUUGGCCACGGACCCAGUACUGGUGAGGUUGUGCGGCGGUGACGCGGUACCGGAUAUCGUCAGUUCCGGGCCCAAUAUGCUGUUGGAAUUCCACACUUCCGCGUUCGACAACCCGUUCCAUCCGGUGCCGCUCAGCUACUUGCCAGGAUUUGAAUUGGACGUGGAGAUACUGUUUGUCGACAACAAAUCUCCCAGCUACGCCAAAAACACCAGCCAGUGUGAAUUCUUCAUCAAACCGUUCAACAACACCAACUGGGGCCUGUUGGACAGCCCCAGGCACUCGUUGCCGCCAAACACGUCUUGCAAAUACCACUUUCAGGGUUCCAGUCAUCAGACGGUCUGGCUGUCUUUCAUCAAGUACCAUGCCGCCAGCACUGAUCCAAACGCCUAUCACCUGAGCAACGAAUGUAACGCCAGACUCCGAAUUUGGGACAAAAUCGUAUCGACAAAAACCAAAAAGUCCGAGCCGGUACUUAUGGGCGAGUUCUGCAAGGAACAAGACCUACCGCGACUCUGCGACCACGCGUUACUCGGCAACGACACCAGGCACGUGCGGCCAUGCGCGGCCGCGGAGUCGUACACGUCGUCGGCCGACGAGCUGACGGUGGAGAUCUACCUGAAGCAGGGCUCGGUACUGUUCCCGCUGCAGUUUCUGUUGCGAUACGAGUUCGUGGACCAGUCGGCGGAGCGGCGGCAGGGGCCCGGGGACGUGGGCCCGGCGGCGUGCAGCCGAACGUUCGCCUCCGGUUCCGGGUACUUCGGGUCGCCGAAAAACGUGUUCUUCUACGGGCGGGGCGGCCGCCGGAACCUGACAUGCGUGUUCCGGUUCGUGCCUGGGUCGCCGGAAGAACGGGUUCGGGUGACCGUGUCCCGGAUACACUCGGCCAGCACGGCGUGCGCGACGGAGAAGGAUGCCCGGACGGACCGGUCGCGAUGCGUGUACGGCGGCGGCAGCGGCGUGGACGCGGGCUCGGAUGGCGUUGGCGGGUCCAGGGACGACGGGACUCAGGCCCGGGUUACGAUCACGCACUACCCGUGGCCGGACAUCGAGCUUCCGGUGGGGUGCGCGUGCUCGGGGCUACGUGAGCCGUUCUCGUUCGAAUCGUAUCCCGGUGCGGCCGUCCGCGUCGAGUUCGCCGUCCGCGACAUGAACGUGACGCAGGACCACCGAGACUUUGGGUUCUCGGCCGAGUACGCGUUCGUCAAGGCGUCGCUGGCGGACAGGAACGCAUGCCGAGACGCCCGCGAGCACCGGCACCUCCGCGGCCCGGGCGGCUUCAUCGACCUGAUCGGCGUGCCGUCAGCCGGUGGCCGGCGUCCGGCCGUGGGCGCAGGCGCUUGCGCUGACUUUCCUUGGCUUAUCGGUCCGGCCACGGCCGACAGCAGCAUGUUGCGCACCGGCGGCUUCGUGUACAUGAAGUUGCGCGGCUACGAGAUCCAGCGGUGGCGCACCAACUCGUUCAUGUGCCCGACCCGGAACCGGGUGGUGGUGUACACCGGGGCGGGCGACGGGCCCAAAACCGCCCGGGUCAUUUGCCCGUACGACACGGGGGCCAGCUAUAACGCGCUCCGCGGCUCGUACGAGACGUUCUCGCCGGGCUGGGCCGAACCGCUGACCGGCGCCCAACAGCUGCAGCCCAACUCGAAGACGGUGGCCGUCGAAUUCCUAAACCGUGAGUACGGUGCGUACGCCGUCACCUGGAUGGAGGUGUCCAAAAUGCCGCGCAUCAUGCCAUCCACCAACGUGUACGCCAUGUCGUCGAACGUUCACCCGGAAUGCGCUUACAGGUGCCCGGAACUGAACGCGUGCAUCAGCUCGCAGUUCUGGUGCGACGGUGAGACGCACUGCCCGAUGGGCUUCGACGAGGACCCGGCCAACUGCGCGAGCCAGAACGGCAUGAACCUGAUGUACGUGGGCGUGCUGGGUGGCACGGCGGUGGUGCUGUUCACGGUCACCGUCGUGGCGGCGGUGGUGUGUCUGCGGUGCAAGGCCAACAGGUCGCGACGAGCCGAGGACGGCCGGCGGCGGGCGUCCCAAAAGGGCUCGGCCGCCAUCGACCCGAUGAUGUGCGCGGUCGACCGGACCCACUACGACAAGCGGUUCCUGGAACAAAACGGCGGCGGCGGCGUCGUCGGCAACUCGCUGGGCAAGCGGUACCCGUCGUCUUCGGACGACCUGUACCUGGACUGCAAGCAGGACAGCAUGUGUUGACGAAACGACGGCGACGGCAGCGUCGACGUGGACGGCGACGGCGACGAACGCCUUCGAGUCGAGACGACCGUCUGAACCCGACCAAACCACUCGACCGCGGUAGGGUUUGGUAUGAACCGCGAUCGUUGGGUAAACAUACUUUGUGUUGACCCAAACGGUGGUCUAUACCGGACGAGACGGACAAGCAUAGCAUCGUAUGGUACGCUCCGUUUCGUUUUGUUCUUGUUAGUCAUCGUCUUGUAUAUAAUAAACAGUAGAAGUCGUUUUUAAGAAUCAUUUUGCAAGCAGGUCAUCAGUGAACGCGUCUGGGUUGAAUGUUAGUGAUCAUCGAAUGUAUGUCCGUAUAAUAUCGUAAUUAUUGUUAUACUCAGUGCACACUUCCCAGAACGUGGGUCGACAUCCGAUCGUGUGUGAUGUCGACCGAGCGAGUUUAUCGUUACCACCCUCCAAACCCCAAACUCUUAUGAUAACUAUCCCUGCUGCAUUCGAUACCUAAUACCGUAAAGCCGUCCGUCAGAACAACACCGUUUACAGCGAUACGAUAACAUUACAAUACACGAUAUCGUCCGCGGGCACACUCGUUGGCCACCACCUUUCACUGUAACUAUAUUAUUAUUAUUAUCAUUAACGUCAUCUUCAUCUCACUGUAGGUAUUUACCGACGUUUGUCGUGGUAUACACGUGUGCGCCAGUUCGGAAUACUGUUUUAAAUAAACCCCUUACGCGGUAUGCUCCGCAUACCAUCAAACCGCAGGAAUCCGACUUGACGUGCACGUCUGCCCCCGCCACCCCUCGCCGCUCUCGCCGAAUUGUUAUGGUUUAUAUUUUUCCCCGUUUGUAAUUAUUUACCUUACUUACACCGCCCGCACAGACGCGUGUAUAUACAGGGCGUUUCAGAAAAAAGUGUAGAAAAUUGACUUCGUGAUGCCGUUAUAUAUAUUUUACAUUGUCAGCAAACUCUCGGUGACGCGCCUUCGGACUAUAGCUGGUCAGGCACCGCUAACCUAUGCGAAUCUUUAAAGAUGCGACUCGUGACCUGUGUAGCCGACGAUCGUCGGGGUUGUAUAAUAUUAUUAUUGAUGUGGAUGUGGGUGCAUUGGACAAUCAUAAUGGUCGUCUCUGUCAACCCUCGCCGCGUUACUGAAGGACCGCAGUCGCUUGUCGCGUUUAUUUAUUCCGACAAAAUAAUUGACCGUACCAUAAACGACUUGCCGCCGCCGUGCAGAGAAAUCGUCACGAUAAAAUAAAAAUGCCACUUGAGAUAAAUCGUAUCUAUUUAAUCUUCGCUUCGUUCGAAGUAUCGAACAGGGUUUGCCGAUAAAAUUAUCAUAUGGUUAUGGGAAUAUGAAAAAAUACACAUAGUGCUCGGUAAUAUUGAACAAUUAAAAAAAUUGCGUGAACCGAUAGUGAAAAAUACACGAUGUAUUUUGCACAUUGCACAGUCUAAUCAAAAUUUCAAAGAACUUAAAUUAGGAGCUGCUCGCCAGUGUCAAACAUAAAAACGUAGGUAAUCAAAGUCUUGUCGAUCUAUAUUUAUACCCAAUACCCAUUAACAGAUAUCACUAUUUCAAAAAUAAUGUAUUACAAUAUCGUAUAAGUCAUUUGAUUUUCUAAUACUAUAAAUAUAGUUUUAUUACGGCAAUAAAAAUGAAUUUAUGAUAAAUACAAGCUAUAGGCACUCUGAUCUGAAACGUCCUAUCGUUAAACGUUACGGUGAAAUGUAAAAACCUAAGUUAUUACUAUUAUUGCCCGUUUCAAAGACAAAAUCUAAUUAAACUUUUAUGACGUUUAUAAAAAUUGGCAAGUCUUCUCCAGGACCUUGCGGUGUGACAAUUUUGAAUUUUAAUGUUAAGUUUGGUUUUAAUAUAAUUUUAUAUUUUCAAUUCUCUUGUUAUUAAGUACGUGGUAAAGUAUGACGUUAACGAUAAUAUUAUUAUGGUAUUCCUUACACGAGAAGCGGUGAGAGAAUGCCGUAUCUCGUAAUAGGUUAACUAUGCUGUAGGAACAGCGUGUAUACGGAUAAUAUUUAGUUCUUACCAUUUAUUUAGUAGGGGAUAUUUUUCCAGGCUUUGGAGGAUAAAUCCGUUUGAAUAUUGAUAGACAUGCCAAAGUAUAUAUUACCUAACCUCGAGCAACAACACAAACUUGCCAAGAAUGUAAAAUAUUGUAAAGCCCUCGUCGUAUAUUUAAAUAAUAAAAGUAUAUUUUGAUACAAAAUAUCCUAAAUAGCAUGUUUGUUUUGUAAAUGAUUGUUAGUCAAAAACCGUCUAUAAGGCAUUUAAUGACUUUGUUACGCAAUGUGAAUAAUUAUUUUAAAUCAAAAAUAAUAAUUACGUUUUUAAUAAUAACUCUUGGAAAAAAAAUAUAUAAUUAUUCACUGAUAGCAUAAAAAAAACGACGAUCACCAUUGUUAUAUCGAUCCUAUAUUUAAUUAAAUUUUCUCAAAAGAUUGGUUAUUUUAAUUUAAUUUUUGGUUAGUCUCAAUACAACAUGAAAAAUAAAUCCCAUAAUCUCUAAUUGGGUCAUUAUUAUAGCUGUAUAAUUGCGUGAUCUCGUGUAUUCUUAUAACCUAAAAGUCAAGAGACUCAAAAUGACUGAAUAAUUCAUUCAUACGUUUAUUAAUCUAUUGAAUACUAUGAAUUUGUUGUUAAUAAUUGUUACCUAUGUUUAAAUAUUAUAUUUAUUAUUUCAAGUCAUUGCGGAAAAAAAUAAUAAUGCAUAAAAUCCCCGAACAAAAAGGUUGUGUCAGUUGAUUGCGAAGUUUAAAUAUUUACUAAAGACGUAGACAAAUGGUUUUAUUAUUGUCCGAAAAUGUAUUAGUAUAUUGUAUCAAAUAAUAAACUUAAAAAAAAUUAAAUUGCGGGUUUUUUUGAAAUCAAUAGUAUACCUGUCCGAGUCUAAUUAAUAACCAAAUACAUUUUCUGACUAGCAUUUUAAAAUAUUUAUAUACCUAUUAUAAAUACUACUAAUGUAUAACAUUUAAACUACAUUAUAUACUCAUAUAUAACAUUAUGAAAUAUGUACCAAUAAUAUAUUUUCCAUUUCCUGGUGUAUUAUUCGACUUUUAUGACUGUAUCAAAUAAAUCUAAAAUAAUUUAAAAACAUCCUUGGAUUUUGUAAAAAAAAAUAUUAAGUGCUUAUAAUAAGGUUACAUAACUAUCGAUAAAAUUCAACGUGUAUUCGCUUACCGCUCCUGUGUUUGCAAUAAUUAUAAGAUUAAUACAAUUUGUUUAUACAAUAUUAAAAUAUAAAAAAAUUAUUAUAAUUACUACUAUCUUCCUAAGUUAUUAUUUUCGUCAGACUUUCUAAACCUAUACCUUUUUUAAAUGUAUAAAGCCAUGUUUGUAUAAUCUUUUGUGCCACUUUGAUGUUACCAUAUUAUAUUAUUAUAAUAGUUAUUAAAGAAAACAAUACUAUUUUGUUUUUUAAGCUAUAUACUCACUAUCAUUAUUCUCGACCUUUGUAAAUACGGACAUGUGCUCAUUAUAAAUAAACAGUAAAAUUGAAA